ACUCUGGAUUUCACAGGGUCAGAGCAUUAGGCUUCCUUUUAUUGUUCUUAAAGCACAGCCUUGGAAUUUAUUACUUUGCACACUUGAAGUAUUAAGCAUAACCUAAGACAAGGAAAUAUCAGAAUUACUUGUACAUGUACUUGUUAAGUGCAUUGUUAUAAUAUUCUCAAAGUGAACCGUGCAGUGAAACUGAAAGUUCCACACAGAAGUUGAAAUCAAGAGUGGAAUGACAAUUUUCUCAUGAGAAUAUCGAUCCCCCAAUGAAUUUUUCUGAAGAAUAUUUUUGGGUCUACAACAUUGCAUCUGAAAUAAGGGCAUCAUGAUAAUCUUCAGUGAUAAAACAAAUAACCAUUGCUGUACAUAUGGGCGGUCUGGACUUAGAAAAAAGGCCUUUGUUUUUUCUGGAAAAUAUAAAUUACCAGAAAUAGAAAAGAAAAUGAAAUAUCACUUAUUCUAGAAACAUUAAAUUUCCAUUCAGUAUUUUAUCUGCAUUAAAUCAAUUAUUUUUUUGAAAAUAAUUUGGCUUAAAAGCAGCUGGUGGAGAUUAAAAGGUUUUAUUGUUUUGAAAACAAUGUCAGUCUCUUUUUUUAACACAGAACCCAUUUUAAUAUGCCAUGCAAUAAUGUGAAACGUGCUGUAGUUUCUGACAGUGUUCAUAUACCAUCUAUGAUGUAUUGUGUCAGAGUUAUUUUCAUGUAUUAUUUAUCACAUACUAGAAAUUUCUGGUUUUUUUUUACUGUAUUAUUAUUGUUGUUAUUAUUAUUAUUAUUAUUAUUAUUAUUAUUAUUAUUAUUGUCAUUAUUAUUAAACAUUUUCACCAACUUAAAACUGUAAUAGUAACAAUACGAAAUCUAGAGUGAUUGAAUUCUAUAGGGUGUCUUAUUUUGUUUUGAUCCAUAUUAAUUUUUAUGUUAAUACCAAAAAUAUCGGCUAAUUAUAACGUUUUACUGAAAAUACCAAGUAAAGCCUGGGUUACCGAUAUUUUGACCAUGAUAAGAAAGGGAAACUGGAGGAAAAAUAGACAGAGGGAAAUAAGCCCCUUUUGUGAAUUAUUUUGUGACUUGUUUUAUUGAAAGGGUCAAGAGUUUGCUAGCAGCUGUUACAUUUUGUUUCUUUACAUUUCUGUGUGCAAUUAUUGUAAAACUACAGGCAGCAUUUUAAGUGAAUCUUUUAUGUCUUAUUUUGACAAUAUUCCUUUUAACUCUCUUGAAAUAAUAAAUUAUUUAAGAGCCCUGGUAAAAAUCAUUUAAGCACCAGUGUAGUAUAGUGGCUUGUGAGGUUUCAAUUAUUUAAAAUUAAAAGUGAGAUAUAGAUAAUCCUACAACUGGAUGUAAUUAAUGAAUAGUUUGAUAUAUUAGCCAUUUCUACCAAAAAAUUGCUUUUUUAGCCAGAUGAUAGUUGCAAAUUGUAAGCUUGCAUACAAUUGGUGAUCAUUCAUUGAAUAACAAUAAUACAUUGUAUAUGGGGCCAAAAGACUGUAAAAGCAUGUACAUGUCCUUGUUGCAAAAUAAUAUUUAAUAAUUAUUCUUUGAAAUCGAGAUGAAUAGUGGCUGAAUAUUUACUGAGCUGUGGAGUGAGGUAAAUAUUCCUAAAGCCACUAUUCACCAAGAUUGAAAAGAGUAAUUGUUUUAGUAUAUACACACAAAGUGAUCUCAACGAAAUCAGAGAGGAAACCAUUAAAAAGUAAAUCUAUAAAAGCAAGCCUCUGGAGAAAUUUUAAGCACCGGUACGCCCCCAAAAUUUUUUAGUGCAAUCCCUCACUUUGUAGCUUUAGUUUGCAAUUGAUAUUUUUUCAGAACAGCCGUUUUACGGAAAUAAUUAUGUAACAUUGGAUUCUCAUACAAACACUGUAAUCUCUCACACGUUUGCCUACUUGUCAAGAUGGUGUCGAAAGCCGUGACAAGGUCUAUUUGCCGUGAUAGUCAACUACGUAGUUCUUUCCAAUUUGGCCGUAUUUAUGAUGGUCAGUAAAACACGGAUUACACUAGACUGUGGACUCAGUGGACUGGGUAUAUAAUAUGGACUAAGUACAAAAUGCAGACUAUGGAUUGUUGUAUGUUUUAAUAAACUGGACUGCCCAAUUAUCACGCACAACCACAAUUGAAGGUGUCAGAUGUCUUGCAAAGCCUGUUUAGUGGUAAAUUACCCUGAAAUAGCAUAAAUUGUGGGAAAUGUAUAAUAUUAUAUUUAAUAAUUUAAUGUCCGCUUCCAGUCGCUUGAAUUGCACAAUUUUUGACAAAAUUUUUGCAACUUUCCUCAAAUUGUUUGUUAUAUUGUAAUUUGCUUGCCCACUGGCACAUGCCAGUGGAUUUCAAUUUUUUUUUCCUGCCCUGUUAUGGUGAACUGUUUGGCCACAAUCCUUGAUGGUACUGAAUGUGAUACGUGUAUAAAUCAACAACUUACUAUUAUAUGACUGUUUGGCCUGGUCUCAAACGUUAAUGCCCCAGCUUGGUAGGCAAACAAUAUUAUUCAAUGACAACUAACCCUGGCUAGCUAGUCUUUUCCACUCUUUACUUAAACUGAGCAAAGUAGGAAUAAGUGAAUAUGUUGUUUGCAAUAUGCCGUAAAAGAUUUUGAUAUCAGUAAAUUAAUCAAUGAAUAAUAUUUACUCAGUGGCAAGUUAUUGGACUGAUUCAUUGAUAUUGUGUUUCAGUUCUAAUUGAGACUGUAAAAGAGAUCCGCUGUGGAAAAAACACAGAAGUCUUCCGUGAAAUGGACAGAGAUGAUUUCCAAGAAGACUGUGCAUUUUCUAUUAUUUACAGUGACAGUUUUGAGACUCUGAAUCUUGUUGCAUAUUCUCCAGAUGAGGCAAAUAUCUGGGUUACAGGACUUCGGUGUCUUGUAGACUCAGAGAAAGGUAAGAAUGCCUGUACUUUGUAUGUUUGACAGCCACAUCUUUUCUUUUUAACCCUGGUUUCCAGGGGCGCUUUCUAUUUAACCAAAACUUCCAGUUUGAAUUUGUGGCAAAUUCCAGCAGCGAGUGGAACAAAUUUCUCCCCAAAAGUUUUCCCUCCAUUCAAUUUUUCUCCUGGAAUUUUCAGAACUUGAGUGAAUGAACGAAUGAACUUUCUUUAUCAUCGAUGAUGUGGGGAGUGGUCACCCAGUCUCAUGAGCCAGUGGCUCAUGUAUAAUGUGCUCGACUAAUUGAAAAAAUUAAAAUAAAACAAUGACAGUAAGUUACCAUGGGAAAAUACAAUUGAAUAAUUGAUAAAUAUCAUAAAUAAGAUUCAAAAAUCCUUAUAAGAUAUCCAAAAAAAUUACCGGUAAUCAAGAAAUUAAUCUGAUGAAAAAACCCAUGGGUUUGUAUAUAAUUUAUGAUAAACAAAGCCACAAGAUACAGCUCUGACAUUGGCAUGCUUUGUUCUUCACAUUACUUUACAACUUUUGGUUGAAUGGUUCGCAUUUCAGAAAUUCAACGAUUCUGGGACUUUCUGGAAAUUUUCCCGGGGAAUUUCCAUACCAUUCGCCACUGUUUCCAAAUUUUCAGAAGUUUUGGUCAAAUGGAAAGCACUCCUCAUUAAGCCAUUCUCCCCUGAGUCACCGGUAACCGCCUGUAUGUGCAGAUCCACGUCCCUUCUACUGCUUGUUAUGUCAUCAGUUUUAAUGGUCAGGGACGACUUUGUCCGCAAACUUGUGCAGAGUGAAGAGAUCUUUCAAAGCAUACCAGAAUGAGCACAGUUCAGUCAAGGGCACCAUCAAACUACAUUGUUAUUAAUUAUUGGUUUAUUUUCUAUUAAUUUACAGCUAGCAGUCCUGUGGAAAACAGACAACAGAUUCGUGAUAGAUAUCCUUUUAAAAUAAUGUUUUUGUUAUAAGGGGGUGCUAUGAAAAUACUCAGCUUGUUCUAUUCUUUUCAAGUAACAUCCACUAAUAUUAUUGGGAAAGGACUGCAUUCCCAUAAGAAUCAAGUAUCUUGUUUCAAAUCGACUAAUGAAAUCUUCCAACAGUAGCCUCUGCUUUUUAAAAAAGAAAUCUUGAAUGGUGUAUUACUGACAUAAGCGUAAAGUUCACUGUUGAAAAGCACAGCCAUUGACUUUUAAUUACCUAGUUUACCCCAGUUUUCUGGAGAAUUUCUCAUUCCCAAACAUGCCAGCCCAUGUACAUUUCUUUUUUUAAAGCAAUCUGCCAGCUCACUACAGUUUUUUUCUUCUAAGUUUUUUGAAUCCUAGUAUCCUGUGAUAUAGAGUGUUUUCACUCACGUGGCCAGCAUCUAUGCAAAUUUAUUGGAACAAAAGAAAGCGUUUGCAUAAGAAAAGAGUUCAACUCCCACAGGACUGGUUUGGGACACCAACAUGGCCGCCGUUUCAUUGUUUUGGGACACCAAUAUGGCCGCUGUGACGUCAUGUGAAAACACUCUAUAUAUUUAUUAAUCACCAACUCUCAGGCCUGCAAAUUAAAAUCUUCUCAUACCUACAGAUGAAAAAAUUUUUGCUGUUAAUCCACUGAAAUAAACUCAAACAAAGGGAUGUAAGUAUAGAAAAGUCUGUGAAAGGUCAUACUUCGCAAGAAAUAUUCAUGUUAGAAGGGAAAGCAUUGGAACUUAAACUUCAUAAAUCUUGGAAUGUCUUCAAAAAUCUUUAGAUAUGAUCAUCUCAUGGCACUCUAAGGGAAUAAAAUUAAUCUCCUGCCUCUGAUUCAAAAAAAGUUGCCAGGUAUAUCUUGUGAGUGCAAGUCCCCUUAUCUUUAUUGUUUUUGUGCUUAACUGUAUUAAGCAUUAUAAACGUUCAAAGUUUUAGUGGUGUUAUUAAAAUAUACAUAUUCCUUGACAUUAUUUACAUGGUUGAAAGAGCAGUUUAUUUUAGCUGACAAUGGAGGAAAAGGGAGAUUAAAUGAAAAGGAAGUGCUGUCUGUUGUUAGACAACUUAAUGAACAGAUUCCAGAAAGUGUCAUUAAACAGAGAUUUAAGGUUGGUAAAGGCCUCUUUGUACUUAUCCAACAUCUAUUUAAUGUGUUUCUUUCUUAAUCUCCCAUGCUGACACUCUUAUAAACUGAGCCUGUGUAUGGGUAUUUCCGACGAAAUUGAAGAAGCAACAAUCAUAGUGAUUCCAAUCAAGUUUGGCAUUAGUAAUCUGAUGAUGGCAAAGAAAUCUGCCAAAAAGUGUGCUGUCAGAGUUUUUGUUUCUUUCUUGAUUUUCUAGUUUCCAUCAUUGUUGUUGUUGUGCGAGCUUGCCAGUAGUGUUACCUCAUGAAACUUGAGUCUUUUCAUGUGACAAUUUUGCCGGAGAAACCGAUGAUUUGAUGCAACACGCACGACUAAAUCUAUGUCCUCAGUUACCCACACAGAGGCUCUAAACUUCCUCAAACAAACAAGCAAACAACUGUGAGAUAAUCUCUCUUCUUUUCUUCUGAAAGAUUGACUCCAUUUGCAAUGCCUAACCAAUAUUUGUGGUUACUUUCCUGGAUAGAGAUGCGCUGAAUUUCAACCAGUUUUCCUUUGGACAAGCAGGUCCCACAUUUCUACUUACCCGGGGGCCAUUGCUUGCUUGUUUCAGUUAAUGAUUUAGUAACAAGGUAACUUGCUUGGAGUUGCCCAUUUGGCAAGUGAGUGUAAAAGUUACUUGCCCAGCAAGAAAUCUACUUGUCCUGGAUGAACCAGGCUGGAUAUUUUUCCAGCCCGUGGUGUCUUUGGCUAUUUUAUGUGCUAAUAGUGUCAAAAUGUCUUAUUUUUUGGUAGGAAGCAGUUGCUGUUAGUUCAAAUUCACAAAAGAAUAGUCUAUCUAGAGAUGAGUUCCUGUCAUUUUACAAAGAACUUACUACAAGACCUGAAGUCUACUUUCUUCUAGCAAGGUGUGUAAUAUUAAUUUUACAGGCCUCCAGAGACUCCUUUUGUUGACCAGUCCCUUUGAUUCAGGGGGAGGGGGGGGGAUGAGAGCUUUCACCAAUGGUAAAUCAAGCGUAAGAAAGAGGAAACCAUCAAUGUGAAAAACAACAGUCAUGUUUUUUAAAAAAAUUAAAUUUAAGCACUUUAACCCACAAAUGUUUCCAGCUAGGUUGUUCAAAACAGUGCUUUAUUAGGGUUCUAUGUCACAUGGAACCCAUUAAAGGUCUUAAGAAUUUGUGAAAAAAACAUGUCAAAAACAUUAAUUGCAGCAGUAAUAUGGGAUUAUCAAGUGCUGUAACAGCUUGGGCCUCUGUUCGCCACUUUAGAAACUAGAAAGAAACUGGUUAGAGUUAACUUUCACAAAGACCUCUGGGAUUGUUACUAAGGACGGGAAACAAAUUGGCCAAUAGCUGACCGGGACAUCACCAGUAACAAUCCCAGAAAUCUUUGUGAUUGCUAACGAGGCUCAGUUUCCUUCUCAUUUGUUAACCCUCUAAGUCCCAAUGGUGACCAAGAUCAAUUUUCUCCUAACAAUAUCCAUACACUGUCAAGAGAUAAGUUAUGAGAAUAAAUGAAAUGAUCACCCAUGAGAAAAUGCCUUGAUCUAUUAUCAAAUUCUCUCAACUAAUUCUUUAAGGAAAUGUAUGGAGAUCAGUUUGGAGAAUUUGUAUGUGGAUACUGGGGCUUAAAAACAAAUUUUUUUCUUUAUUUUUUGGAAGAUAUGCAAGCAAUAGUGACUUUUUAACAACUGAUGAUCUACUGCUAUUCCUGGAAGCUGAGCAAGGGGUAUGUAAUAAUAUGAACUCUUUUCUUUGUGUAAAUCACAUAGUUAAAAUAGCAGACUGGUUAUGAAAGAUCAAAAUGACGGGACUACAGUUUAUGUUGCGGUUCACUGACUAUGCGAAACCAUUUGUAUUUGGUUCUGAAUAAGUUAAUGGGGAUGUUUCUAUUGGUCAGCUUAAAAUGGUAGCAAUGCUAUUGAAUGAUAUGCAUGGUCAAGUCCAAAACAGCUAACAAGGAUGUUUUCUGGUGGGCUAAUUCUAGCCCCCUCAAUCUGCAGGCAACUCCUUUUGAAACAGUUACACUGUCCGUGAGGAAUCUGAGAUCGAGAAAAGCAAAGAGGCGAAGUCACUGUUACUCCCCGUUCGUUCCCCAUUCUCCCACCAUGUUGCCUGCACAGGAGGCUAGGCUUAUUCUUAACCAUUGCGCUUUGUCUACUAUGUCUCAUUUGUAAAAUCCAACUAGUGGUCCAUUAUGAAUGUUGCAUUCUGAUUGGUUGAACUGCUACUAGGCUAUAUGUUAUAGCCCACUUGUAGCGAAAAGCACCGGCUUCGAAAACCGAAACAAUGGCAGCUGAAUCGCGUUUUGCUAGCUGAAGUUGUUUUGUCUCGAUAUUUUUGACAAACUAGUUGGAUUUUACUUAAACAAUUACUGGUAUUCCUCCCACCCUCAUGACCUCUGAGUCAAUAGCCGAUUCUGCCUUCUGCCUCAUGGGGUAUUGACUUAGAGACCAUUGGGGCGCGAGGAAUAAUAUUGUUAAAUAUAUGCUAUGCUGUAAUAAUGUUGAAUUUAAAACCAAUCUCUUGUUUUCCACCACUGAAGAUGUUAAAGUCCCUCCUUGUAUUUUUGUCAAACCUCUAAUGUCAGAUCACUAUUUUCCUCUUUCUUUAUCUGCAGUUGUCAAGAGUUGGCAAAGAGCAUUGUCUAGAUAUAAUAAAACGAUGUGAGCCAACGGAAGAAGGCAGGAGGUUAAAAUGUUUAGGAAUAGAUGGUGAGUUUCAUAACCUAUCUAGCAACGGAUGUGAGUUUUCAGGAUUGCAAGCAAUCCAAGGAAAUCGUUAAGUAAUGCUGAAAAUUUCCCCUCCUGACAUGUGCUUGUCAUUCUCUGAUCAAGGUAAUAAAAAUAAUAAUUUAUCUCUGAAUAUUGAAAGAGCUUGGCAACAGCAUUAACCACCUGCCACCUAGGUUUUAGUCGAUUCUAUUUCUUUCGAUAAUGUUUGCAAAUAACUGAAAAUUGCACAAAGUGGUCAAGUUAACGUGUCCAGCUCCUUCAUCGAGAAAAGAUUUUCUGGGAAUGAAUGUUCACAAGUCUCUGAAAGCGUGGAAUUCAAACUAUACCUGUCAUUCUUUUCGUCAUCAUUUUAAUAUGCACAUGAAUCCUCUCUUAUCCUGACCAAAGGAAAUAGGUCUCCCAAUGUAUAAUGGCGAAAAAUAUACUAUAGUUCUUUACAGAAAAGUGUAAUUAUUUUUUCUCUCUACUCCACAACAGCAGAACAUAGAAAGAGAUAAUGAAUUUUUUAAAGAUAAAAGACCAUAUUAAGACAGACAAAACUCACUUUGAUUAUAGAUCGAUAGCACUGUGUUAUUAAUUUAUCAAUUUUUUUCACCUGCAGGAUUCACACAAUAUUUAUUAGAAGAUGAUUGUCAUAUUUUUGACUGUGAACAUGGUGAAGUUUGUCAAGACAUGACACAUCCAUUAUCUCAUUACUUCAUUGCAUCUUCACAUAACACGUGAGUUUUUUCCUUGUCUGGAUAUAUUGUCUGAAUGUACUGGGUUUUUUAAAUUUCAGUCAUUGGUUAUCUUUAGUAUCACUCGCUGGGCUGCCACUGAUAGCCUUUGUCUGGGUAUUUCCCGACGUAAUCAAAGUUGCGACGAUCGCUAUUGAUGCAACGACCAUCUUACAGAUUAAAGCGAUGAUUAGGAAAUGAUCGCAGUACAGUGCGAUGACAGCAAAGAAAUAUAACAAAAAACUGUGUGAUACACCUUCAGAUUUUUUUUUUGCUUGUUAAACCCAUUGUUUUUUGAUAAUUUCGUUUCCGUCUUGGUACGCGCCGACGGCGACGGCAACGAGAACAGCGAAAAAGCCGAAUAGGUUUAGAUUAGCAAACAGCAACUCUGCACGUGUCAUGCUUUUUGGUACAUUUCUUAGCCGUCGUUGCGCGACUACGACGUGAAAUGACCUAAUUUCACGUUUUGCCGAGGACUGGAACACAAGACAACAAGUUUCUUUUUUAUUUUCUUGAACUUUCAUAGAGUCCUUUAGAAUUCAACUCCAGAAAAUUUUACAAACAUUUGGCGAAUUAAACGAGAUGGAACAAGCCAGAUAAAGUUUGAGGCAGAGCGAAUACACUUUUUAAGUGACGUUUCGUAGCCGUCGCCGUCGUAGUUGCUCAAUCUCCCCAGCAGCGCUAUCACGCUAAAAUAUUCUUGAAAAUGAAAGUGACUAUUUCGUUAAAAAGCUGAUGGUCUGAUAGGAAACACGCGGCAAAGCGACGUCUGCAGGUACCCAUAGACAGGCUCGCACUGAUUGUGAUUCAUGUUAACAGAUUGUAUUCAGUGGUGAUCAUUGAUUUAUUGCAGGAUCAAUUGUGAACUUUUAACAGUUUUAAACAAUUUUUGUCGCAGAAUUUUAUUUGUUUUAACCCAUUCACCCCUGAACCGCUUGGAAAAGCCCGUGGCGUAUCCACGUUCAUCGUUCCUCUUGUUUCCUCACCGGUAUAAACGGUCAUAGAAACCUAGGGGAAAAAUUCUUUCAAACCAUAGCAGCAAAAAGAACAGCGCAAAAAACAUGAAAAGUUUACCCGAAAAUUCCAAUGAAAAUCUUGUUCCAAGUUUUUUAAAAAACUGUCCCACCAAAAUGAAGCCUAGUUAAAGCCCAGCCCAAGGGGAAAAAACGGGGCCAGACAAUUGAAAGAAGAAGGGAGGAGGGAAAGCGAAACGUGAAAGCUAGAGUGCAGAUGAUGAUGAUGAUGACGAUGAUUGUUUUUGCUGUCACUGUUUUGCAGAUACUUAUUAGAUAAUCAACUUAGUGGACCUUCAAGCGUCACAGCUUACAUUGAUGUUCUUAAAAAAGGCUGUAAAUGCGUAGAAUGUAAGUAUUACACGAGUUGCAGAAUUGACUUUCCCCUCUCUUUUCCAACUUAAUCCAGUGAUUUUGGUUAAGCGCGUUUUGAAAUAUGAUUAUCCUAUAUUCAAAAGGUAGUUACUAUUUUCCCGCUGAUGUCUUUGGUCCUAAAUGUGACCAUUAGUUCGUUAUUUUCCUUAAAACACAUCACCGAGAUUACCUGUCUUGGUAUUUUAACAACCAAAUUUGUCUUUUUAUAACUAUAAUAAAUUUAUGGGGACAUGAUAACAGAUUAGAGCAGUUCUGUGGAUAAGAUUUUUUACCUUUUCGCACAACUUUUUGGAAGAUUAAAGUUCACCCUUCGUCGUUUUUUAACAACCUUACCUUGACUCCCGAAGAUUAGUGGACCGUUUAUUUGUCGCGUUUUAAGUGUUGUAAAGCCAAAACUGACAUAGGUUACCCUGACCAAUUACGAAAAGCGGCCACUUUAAAACAAACCAAUCAGAUCAAACGCGUUGGUUUUGUUUCCCUUCUUAUUGGUCGAGAAAGUGACACGUGAUGUUAGUUAAGCCAGUCACAAAACGCUGCAAUGCAAAACCGAAGAAAUUACUGACAAAAUAAUUUACUUAACUUUAUUGAAAGCUUCUGUGAUGCAAUUCUCUAAUUUUAUUUUUCAGUGGAUUGUUGGGACGGAAGUGGAGAUGAGCCUGUUAUUUAUCAUGGGCAUACUCUCACAUCCAAAAUUCUCUUUCGUGAUGUUUUAGAAGCUAUACAUGAACAUGCAUUCACAAAAUCACCGUAAGUACGAUCGCAUCCUUUUAAACUUUUUCGCGAUUAUCCCAAUUCACCCUGUUACUUGAAAGAAGGGAAUUUGGUUGGAGCUGAAAAGAGGGGACCGCGCCCGAGUUCAGACAAGGUUUGUAGAAUUUAUCGCCUUGCCGUUCUCGUUCUCAAGUAAACUUAAAAUUUGGUCAUUUCACGUCGUAGUUGUGCAGGGACAGCAAAGAAAUCAGUGUACAAAAAAGCGUGAUGCAUGUGCAGAUCGAGGUGUUGCUUUGCUCAUUAAACCUAUUACUUUUUUUGGCGGUCUCCUUGCCGUCGCCGUCGUAGUUUCGUAAGGUCCCUAUUUGAAGCUAGUCAAAGCUACAUAGAAAGGAGAGAAGGUGAAAAGACUAGAGGAUGUGAUGUCACCGGGGAUCAAACUCGGGACCUCGCGCACCGAAGGACUCGCACUAACCAACUGUGCCGCCCAUGCUGCCACCAAUGCUUCUUUUCAUCAUGUUUCAACAUAGUUUGAUUUUCAUUUUCUCUUGUCUCCUAACACUUUUGAUUCUGAAUAAUUAAGGUUAGGAAACAAAGGAAAUUUACAAUUAAACUACGUUGAAACCAUUUUAACCUACAUUCAUUUUAAACUGCAACGUUUAUAAAACAUCUUCCGCAAGGGUUGUUCCUUUGCUGCCUGCCGUAAAGAAGUUCAUUUCAUUUCUGCAAAGUAGAGGGGAGGUACUUUGAUUCUGCGGGCUGUCUUGCUAUGUGUUUUAUAUUUUCUCAUGUCUUUUCUUUUCAGUUAUCCACUUAUAUUAUCCAUAGAAAAUCACUGUAGUGUUAAACAACAGCAGAUUAUGGCAAAAUAUCUUAGGGAAAUUUUACAAGGUAAGUUCGGUUCUGUUGGUCAAUCAAAACUGCGAGAUGUACGAAAACAAACUGAUUUGAGAUGUUUUACAACGCCUUUUUAGGUCUACUCUGAUAUUUGAAUCGAAUUGUAUUACUCAUUGUUAGUAACACUUGAGAAAAAACCAACCAAUCGCGGUUGUUAUAUAAUAAUAGUUCAAACGCAAAAAUCAUUUAAAACCAAACAUUAUGUCAAGGCAUAAUGUUAUUAAUGUGGAUACUACAUGCUUUUGUUGUCUCGCUGCAUAGUUGGUCACCCGACACGUGUCAACCUACCCUCUCUUUCAAGAGCCAAUCAUUUUUAUCGCCAUGAGGGAGUUUUGGUGUAAAGGAGCGUGCAUUCCCGUGUUCGCUUCCUCUUGCUUUCACCAUCACGGAAAAAACCUGCGGAAAAAACUUUCCCUCCCUCCUUCCCUCUUCGCCAUCUGUCGGGAGACCUUCUAUGAGAGCUCCCCAAGUUACUGUUAGGGUAUCGGCAUAAAUGUAAAUUAAAAGGGUGUUAAAGUACUGUAUAAUGUACAUUUUCCCUGAUUAACCCCUGGAUCACAUUUCUCUAUAGAUAAACUUUAUACCAUUCAACCAGGAGAAAACGAGUUGCAACUGCCGUCGCCGGAGGCACUGAAGGAAAAAAUUCUUGUGAAGGUAAGUAAAUGGGACCAACCUUGGCAACAGCAUGUUAGGUACCUCUCAUUUACCAGAAGUGGCUUUUCAAGUUAAAAUUUUUCAAAAAAUUCUAAAAUUUAUUUUCGAAAGUAGCGGCAAAAAACCUUCAACAGUUCCAUUUAAAAGAAGUGCUAAAGAUCGAGGAUUCAACUGAAUGGUCCACGGACUCAAAAGUUAGAACAACGCUACAUGUUUUCGCAAUACUUGUUAUUGCAGUUGAACCGACGGGUAGAUGUUCUGUUGUUUAAAAAAGGCAUGCAAAUGAGGUUAAUAAGAAUAUGCAAUGCUCGACCCUGUAAACCCGUUUCUAUGACAAAACCGCUGGUAACUGUAAUAUCAGGUUAAGACUCUGGGUGCGAUAGGGCUAAGUUGCAGACAAAAAAACUACGCGAAAGUCUGUCGCAAACUGAUGCUGUUCCCUUUAAAAAUCUUUCUCCAUCCCUCUAGCAUAGCUACAUUGCUCGACGUUUUCACUAACCACUAAGAAUCUACGCUCAAUUACCAGCCGGUGAUCGGGAAAGUGAGCCCGCAAUCAUCUCCCCGCCAGGGGAGGAUCAAAGAUCGGACUUGGGAAACUGCGGAAAUCCCGCCUAUUAAGGAGCUUUUAUUUGCUAAUUUCAGAACAAGAAGCUUCCUCCUGAUGUGCAAACAGACGCUGGUGAAGUCAGCGAAGAUGAAGAGGAACAAGACGAAACAGUGGUGAUGAAUGGUGAUUGCAAACUUGAAAGACAGAAUAGUAAACAAGGAAGCUUAAAAAGACAGAUAGUAAAGGUGAAUCCUACCGUUCCCUCAUCCAUUUCUUAGCUUACAGUACAGGCGUUUUCUUGAUGCUCUUGAGCAGUAGAACUAGCUCGGAUAAUAUUGUGCGCGAUUCCGUCACGUGAGGCAGGGAAGGAAGUAGACGCCUCCCCCAGUACAGCUUUCUUUCUUGUUAUGUUCACCCUAUUGAUCGCCCAAACUAAUGGCACUGUCUCCUCUCCUUUAUGUUCCCUCGCUUUCGAAUAAAAGAUGGCGACCAUACGCAGAAAGUACCCAGUGUUCGCUCGCCUGGCCGAGAGAAAGGCUGGUUUUCACUAGUGACGGAGUCGGAGUCGUAAGCAGAGUCGUUUGAACGCUUAUGACCUGGUGAAAAUCAAUAAUCUUCGUCGUAAGCGGAGUCAUAAGCGCGACGGAAUCGGAGUCAAAAGAAUCAGAACCUUUCCAUUUUCUUCCGACUCCGUUUACGACUCCGUCGCUUACGUCCCGCUUGUGGUCUAGUGAAAACCAGUUUGUCGGAGUCGGAAGCAGAAGCGGAAGGAUAAAUCAAUCACAACGCACGUUUCCACGCGUUGCGAUGGGUUUAGUUCUUCCGCUCCUACUUGCGCCUCCGACGACCCAUCGUAACUGAUCGUAAAUGACGGAGUUGUAAGCGGAAUCGGAAGAAUCAGAACGCUGUUUUCACUAGGUCGUAAAGUUCUACGAUUGUUAUUACGACUCCGACUCCGUCGCUAGUGAAAAACCUGCCUUAAGGAAGGCUUUCGACAACCCAACGAUUCAGUAUCAUGAAUGACAGUUCCUUUAUGUGGUUGGCUCUCAAGCCAGAAUAAACGAUGUAGCGAACAACGAUAUUGUUUUGCUUGAACUUAAUACCCACAAAACCCGAAACUCUGUCAGAUACUGCAGGCAAUAACACAGUCAAACAUUUUUGCGGCACAAGAGUUUCAAAACUAUCGAGAAACGCGCGAAGUUACUAUUGAAGCAUGCUGCUUCUUAACAUUUUCUCUUGUUGUAGUUUGCGUUUAGGUGUUUGAGUAGAGAGUCAGAUGGAAUUAAGUUUGACCUGAGAUUUUCAACACUGAUGUUUUUCAGGAUCCAAGCAAGAAACCGAAAAAGACGAUUAAGUUAGCUCGAGAAUUAUCCGACCUGGUCACCUACUGCAAAUCUGUAGCUUUUCAAGACUUCCAAUAUUCAUCGGAAAAUCGUAAGUGGUCUGAAAGAGUCUUAGUGUUAUUACUAAGAUGCUUCUGGAGUGCAAAGGAAGAAUGUUUGUCUAGAUAAAACCUUGCGCAAUUUUUUCUGUGAAAUAAAGAAUCAUAGGGCCUGUUUACAUGGAGGUAGGGGACCUCAGGUUGCUAAGGUAACCCGUUGUGAGGUUACAUGUACCCUUACAACCCCAUCAUCCCGGGGUGCACUUUCUCAAGAUUUGUGAAUGGUCGCUGAGCACCUUAACACAAAACAUGGCGGGCAAACUUGCUGUGACCUUUAAGUAGUGUGGCUGUUAUUUUUAAUAAUGCAAGUCCUCCGCCAAAGGCAUUUGCUGCGAAUUUGAUGUAAUACGAAUCCGAUCCCGGCUAGGCGGGUUACCCCACUUUGAAAAGUUUACAUGGCAAAAUUUGACCCCGGCUGAGAGGGUUACCCGGUCUGGCAGACCGGUUAACCCGCCCGGGCGGGUCACCCCACCUACCAUGUAAAGCGACGUGAUCAAAUUAAAAUGACAUAUAGUAUUAUCUGGACAGGCGGGUUACUUCUUCUAAGCGGGUUACCUCGCUUAACUGGGGUCCUCUAUCUUCAUGUUAACAGGCCCUCAUUAUAUAGCCACCAAUGAAAUACGAGGUGAGCUUUCGCGCGAAAACCUGAUAUCUGCACACUUGAAAAUAACAUGUUAUUUACAAAUAUGUAAAGAUGACCCUUGCUGCGGUUGCAUGGUAAAUGGCGCUUUUCGCAGCCAAAAUAAAAGUGUUAAAGUGAAAUGGUUCGGUAUUUCAUUGGUGUAAUGAAUACAACAUCACAUGGCCGCGCACGCAUUACAUGGUUUGGUGCCCUCAGUCGUGAACUAUUUUUCAACACUCGAAGAGUAUCUUUUUGCGGCCAUGUGAUAUUCUCUGUAUAUCAACGCAUACCAGUCGCAACUGUUCUUGUAUGUUAACUCCUACUUCACCAAACAUUUCAGUAUCGAAAACUAAACUUAUUUUCAUUCCUUAUGACUGUUGUUUCUUCUUUUAUCUCUUUCUCUUCGUAGAAAGAUGUUGGGAAAUGUGUUCAUUUAGUGAAAAUGUCGCCAGAAGGUUAACGCAAACACUUCCCGAAGAAUUCGUCAAUUAUAACAAGUCGUUUUUGAGUCGAGUGUACCCGGCUGGAAAGCGAGUGGGCUCGAGUAACUUUAAUCCACAAGACAUGUGGAACUGCGGCUGUCAAAUUGGUGAGUUAUAUUAUUAGCCUAUUGAUGUUGCACGCUAGACAUAUAUUUGUAGUUGAGUGUUGUAUCGGAUUGCAGUUCUGGGACUUUUCCGGGGAACGCCAUAAAUUCUUCCAUUGAUUAUUACAUAGUAAUGCCGGACAAUGGGUCAAAAUUCGUUCUUCAAAACAGUCCCAUGCUGCAGUUCGAGACAACACUGACCCAGUCUCUAGCACAACCUUCGCUUUUCACUUCACUUCAAAUGAUUGUCGUUCAUUGAUCAAACUUAAGGAUAGAAUGUUUCCGGUCGUUCAACUCUAAGCAAUGCCAAAGAGAAACAACUACCUUUAAACUACUUUGAAAUUGUUCCAGUUUGUUUAGUGUGCCGUACGUUGCGAGUUAAGACACUUUUUCAGGUUCAUAAAGCUAAGUUUCGUGUUUUUGUUCUCCACAAAAAGUUGAUCAUUUGACGUUUUCGUUUUUUGAAAAGGCAGAGAAUGACCAAAAUUUAAAGCGCAAGUGCAGAGCAUUUUUUGUAUCGUAACCUAUGGUUCUGUUCUCGCUGCCUUUGCCUUUGUGGUUACUUAACCUCCUUGUUGUGUUGUGUAAUUCUUUAUUUCCCGGUUUUUUUCUUAUUUCAUCUCCAGUGGCACUAAAUUACCAAACGCCCGGUCUUAUGAUGAACUUAAAUGAUGGUAAAUUUCUUGAGAAUGGUGGCUGUGGAUAUGUUUUAAAACCCUCGGUCAUGAGAGAAGGUAAGGAAACAAAUCAACUUGAUCCCAAGAGAAGGCAACUUGGGAAACCACUCGCACGCUGGCGUGUCAUUUCGCACACUCCCUAUUUUUUAGCGUGUCAUUUUAGCGGGCCCUUGCAUUCCCCUUAUUCCCUGACAAUCCCGUAGAGGGUCACAUUUGCUGAAUCGGAUACAAAAUCCAAUGAUCCACCCCGCACGUGGUUUGUCGUGCAAGUUUUGUUUUGAGGUUUGAUUGUCUCAGCAGAUGCCUUAUUGACAUUUGAGGUGUAAAUGAUAACUCUAUUUUUGUGGUUCUUCUUCAGAAGUGGCAUAUUUUAACCCCAAUACAAAGGAUGUCAUUCCAGGUGUUUCACCGCAAAUUCUUCAAGUGAAGGCGAGUGAAUAGUCUUUCUUUUGGGAUGUGUGACAGUCUCUUUAGCAGUCUCUCCUGGGACAGAGCACGUUGCAUCAAGAGCAGGCUGGACAAGAGUCGCGGAGCAACGUGACUACGCGUUUGUCCUUCCCAAUAUCCUCCGCGCCGCACAUUGCGUUUUCAAAGUAGACCUUUAUCGCUUUAAAUACUAAAUGGUAGGAACUGGGAACGAGCUUUGGGGGUGUGAUGCGAAAAAUUCAAAAUUCUCACGGUACAGUGCUUUUUGUCAUGCAUUAUAGUUAUGUUAGGGCAACUAUAAUUUAUAGUUCUCUUCAUUGUAAAUACUAAAGUAGGACCACUAAGUUUUGCUGGGAGCUAAUUACAUCUGGUGUCCAUCUUGUGUUUUAUGUUCUUUCCUGUUCAAGUUAGUCAACUGUUCUCAAUUCCACCGUUUUCUUUCAAUUUUAGGUGAUAAGUGGUCAACAGUUUCCCAAGCCAAAAGGCUCGACAGCCAAGGGUGACGUAAGUUUCGUGCUUUUUUAUUGGUCAUGUUUAUUUUGUGUCUUGACAAUGUUGACCUUGCCUACGUGUUAGGUGGCGCUCAAAAUACUCUCAAGAGGAAAGACCGGGUGCGUGCGAGGGGAGCGCGAGGGGCUCGCGAGGAAGGAAAGAAGGAUCGAAGAGAUAAUCUUCCUCCACCUUCCCUUACACCUCGCGUUCUCUUGCGCCUGAUUUCACUUUCACAACACCUGCUUUUUAAGCUACAAUCGGCAACAAAAUUGGUUGAGACACUUUGCCUUUAAGGGCCUCUCUAACGUUUUGCCAACUUAAAAAAGAGAAACUAUUUAUGUUCUCUUCCUUACCCCCUCCACGUAAUGUUGUGCUGCUGUUCGAGCUACCUGUAGAUUGACCAUGUAGUUGAUCCGUUUGUAGAAAACAACAAACAUCCCAACGUUGAAUGGAGGGGAGGGGGGAGGGAUGAGUAUUGUUUUGUUCUCCAAAGGACUCCAUUUGAGGACAUGUCUUGACAAUGGGCCAUUUACACGAUGACAUCAUUUACUACUACGACCAGAAUCCAUCAGGGUUUUCCUUUCUUGUGCAAAUUACGGCUUUUGUCCUUUAAAUCUCGCUGGGAUUACCAAAUUUAAAUAUGACAAAAAAAACGAAAAGGAUUGUGGUCGUAGUAGUAAAAUGACGCCAUCAUGCAAUUGGCCAAUUUUGUCGCCGAUUGUAGUAAUGACUGUAAAUGCCCUCUUUUUGUGCAGGUGAUUGAUCCGUUUGUUACAAUCGAGAUAUUUGGUAUCCCAGCUGAUCUUUCACAAGAGCGGACCAGAACUGUUCCUCACAAUGGUAAGAACCGCGGCAACGAAAAUUGAGCUUUGCUUGUACAUUUUCAUUAACUGCUUCGCGGGAAUCCCAUACAUGAAUAGUCCAGUAGUAUCUUGUAGUUGUAGUCGUGCAAUAACUUAUGCUACUUGUUUUAUCAAGGCUAAUACCACUCGGCUGACCUUCGUACUUUACAUUUGUCAAACUCAUUAAUAAUUCAUAAAGAAAAUUAAAAGGAAAUUAAUGUUUAAUGAGUGUUUGGAUAUCGGAUGAAAAACUGCUCAUUUUUGCAUCCUUAAUUUCUCCUUCAAAAAUGAUUUUGUUUGAGAAGAAAUAUCAAACAUUCGACACAGUGUUUCAUCACCAGAUGAAACACCUCGAAGUUCGUCAAAAAUACUCCGCUACGCGUCGUAUUUUCAACUCUCUUCUCAGUGUUCUCUGGUGAUGAAACACUGCGUCUCAUGUUUGAUAUAUUACAUAAAACUUUGCCCCGGGAUGGGUUUCAUACGUGUUUAGCACUUCUUGAUGUAGCUUGCUAAGAUAGGGUGAAUCUUUUCCGAAAGAAAGACAUGGGAAACUUUUUGAGAAUUUCUUUAAUUUCAGUCUCCGCUUUCAUAAGGUAUAUUCACAAUAAUGCUUCGAGAAACAUUUUGAAUGAUCAAGUUCUCUUUCCGACAGGUUUUAACCCUGUAUUCGACGAAACAUUUGAGUUUCAUAUCAAUCUUCCUGAAUUAGCCUUGGUGCGGUUUGUGGUGCAAGAUGAUGACUUCAUUGGUGAUGGCUUUAUCGGGCAAUACACCAUUCCGCUCAGCUGCAUCCAACCAGGUGAGAAUUAGGAGCGGACACUUCCUGCAUUGUGCUAAUUACCUGAAAAGAUGGGAUCAAUCUAGGUUUCUGGGAAACUGCCCACCUACCCCUCUACUAAGCCAACAUUAACACUUACUUCUCACUUAGGGCAAAAUGUUGGCUUAGGCCUUAGGGGAGGCGUAGGUGGUCAGUUUCCCGGAAACCUAAAUUGAUCCAAAAAGUGAACCCUUUCAUUUUUUUUAAGUCAGUAAGCCUUAGUUGGGACUUUCAUAUAACGCAAAGAAUCGCUAUUACGACCUUGAAACUAAUUUGACAGCAUGGCAAAUGUAAGAUAACUAACCCGCAGACAAUUAACCCCACACUACCAACGGCUAAUCUUAAAACACGCAUGUUACUUUGCGCUAUUCGGGUUCGCCACUCGCCCGCCCACGCGCUUACUCAUGCGCUCGGCUAAGACUAACUUCAGGUGAAAGGAGUCUUAUGCUUUAAAAUUAGAGAGCUUUAGUUACUAGAGACCUUUAGAUUCGAGGACGAGGACGACUACGAGUACGAGAUUUGACUUGAAGUUUUUUCGCGUAUUAUCAAAAUAUAGACUCUCCGGAAAGCUUUAUUUUACCGUUUUUCACUAGAAAAGUUAGCAUUGUUAUUUGAUAUUUCGUUUUCGCCAGCACGACAUUCGCGCGAAAACUCGUAGUCGAAUGACGGCGGCUACCACGUUUUCCCGCCAAAAUGACGCUGGCUCACGCGCGUAUACUACUCAGUAUUGAGAAAAUCUCGUACUCGUAGUCGUACUCGUCUUAGAAUCUAAAGCUCUCUACUGAGAUAAGGACGACUACGAGGGCGAGAUUUUCUCAAUACUAAGUAGUGCACGCGCGUGAACCAGCGUCAAUUUGGCGGGAAAACGCGAUCGCCGUCAUAAUUCUUCUGCGGGUUUGAAUAUGUAAUAGCAUGAUUUGUAGUGAUAUUUGGCACAAAUACCACGAGUAAUAUUUCAAAAUUGUUAUACGUAAUUUCACGAGCCGUUAGGCGAGUGAAAUUUGAGACAAUUUUGAAAUAUCACGAGUGGUAUUUAUGUCAAAUAUCACGUACAAAUCAUGCUAUUAAUUGUUUAUACUACUACCAGCAAAAGGUUUGUAACUAAAAUACCACUCCUCUAAGCCAAACACAUUGCAGAAAUUUCUCGUGUAGUAGUAUAAUAGCGAAAAUGCCGUAGUUGCGGAAACAAAUUAUAAAAUGUUAGAAGUCUAAUCAUUUUGCGAUUGGGAGAGACCUUCAGUAACCUCCUUCAAUGAAAAUAUCCGUGCUAACUUUCUGAUUUAAAUGAAAGGCACAAUGAAGCCUUCCAAGGUGUAUAUUUUUUUUAAAAAAACGCGAAAAAGCUUUAAUUGAAUUCUCGUCCUGGAAUGUAAAGGUCUCUAUAAGAAUUUCUCGAGGCAAUGGCGGGAGUUAAAGCUGUCACUUCAAUGCAGUAUACUUGCAUCUGCAUACACAAACUGGUUUGUUUAGUAAUGUAUUCAUUUUUUAUUAAUGCUUACUCUACAUCUCAGGUUAUCGUCAUGUGAAACUCUUGUCAUCUCAAGGAGAAGCCCUAGAUUCCGCCACCUUGUUUCUGCACUUGACUGUCACCAAUCUAAACGACGCUGUAGCUGUAAGUCUCUCCAAGCAUGGAUUAGUAAUUCUCCUUACUGAUUGCCACAAAUGACCUGCUCAUCACUAGAGUUCACAGUACUGAGUAGCUCAGUGGUUAGAGCAUCCACUAGUGUCUGGAAUGUCGUGGAUUCAAUUCCCAUCUGGAACUCAGAAAAAACUCAGAAAUUUUUUCUGAGUUAUUCUUUCCACACAUAUUAUUCUAUUUAAUGUUGAUUGCCAUACAUCUUUUUUUUUCACUUUGGUGUCAGGGAAUUUGAUUUUUCAUUGAUAUUGUUUCUCUGUUCCGUGUGGUUUUAAUAUGCUCUUGAUGUUGUGUUAUUGUUUGCAGCAAAAACCAAGGAAAGCAUCUUUAAGGAAAUCGAAAAAGGCGCGUGAGGUAACUUAGCUUUCUGUUAAUUUGCAGAACUCAUUGAUAACAAUAAUAGCUAACUUGCGUCUUUGUCGUAAUUCCUCAGAGCAACCCCGCUCAGAGCGAGAAUCCCCAGCUAAGCACUGGUUGUUGUUGUUUUCUCGGGAAUAGUGCUCUUAGUCUUGCUAUUUCUCGUCUACUUACUCAAAUGAUUUCUUUAGUUUGUUGCACACUGUGUACACUCAAUACUGGUUGUGUAUUUUUCCGCGCGUGUAAUGUUUUCCCGCGUAUAACACUGUUGUAAUGCUGACCUGCGCUCAAAAUGGCUCUAGUAUGUUGGCGCGCGUAUCACUGGUACAUAGUUUUCCAAUGCCCAGCGGACAUGACACAAAACGCUCUGGGGACGGCACAGUUCAAAUAAAUACGGUUCUUUCUUCCUCUUAGCAACAGUAUACUUUAGCGUUUCUCCACGUUUAGCAUUACAACUAGUAUAUGCAGUGCUCUGCUUAGCGGCCAGCCCUUUAAUGUGAGUGGUUGGUGGUGAGUUGUUCCUUUCCGAUAUUAAUUUCAAAGAUCUUUGAUCAUGUAUUGUGUAGUGACCUAUACAUUGUCGUAUGUUUUAGUACACAAGUAUGAAGACGGUUGGAGUCAAAGCGGUUGAUGAUACGUUUAAAGUGAGUAUAGUUACCUUUUACUCCUUCAACAGCAACAACAUUUAACGGUGAAUUUAUUCCGUAACAGAGCAAGGCCCGUACUCUUCAAAGUCUGCCAAGCAGGCCUGGGUACUAACUCAAAGCACGCUGCUCCAUUGAUAAGGCACUUACAAACACACUGACUCUGUGGAGUAAAAGCGACUCGGGGCUUUCUCUCUUGGUUAUAAAGCGAAAAAAAUGCGAGAAAAUUUUAAGAAAGAAAGUCGCGUAAAUGGUUCAGUAGAGCAAUUUCUGCUAAGAGUCAAAGGUAAUUUAAGUCAUUCAUUUGCUGUGUUUUUUGAUUGGCUGACAAACCUGGCACUAAAUUCUUAACCAAUCAGAAGUAAAAUCAAAACCAAUCGUGCCUUUCUAAUGGCGUGCAAUUUCCCGCUUUUGGCCGGCGUUGGCUAAAAGUAUUUGCUGUUAGAUCUGAUUUUUUCCUUUAAAUUCUGGGAGAAUCGUAAUUGGCCACAGUAAUUUUAAAUUCAUUUGAAAGCUGCUUCAAUCUUUUUUUCUGUUGUGUUUCUCCAAUCAGGUGGCUAUUCAACCUCUCAGGGAUGGCACAGAUCUAAGAGAAAAUGUCCAAGCGUCUCUUGGAAAUUUCAAGGUAAUUCUUUUCUUUUCAACUGAUUAUGCUUGGUGGCAUGUCUAUGAUAUUAUGACUUCGGUCCUUAUUCCAGUUUAUCCCUCACUGAAAAAGUGUUGUAGAUUUUCUUAGUACAGAUCGUUAGUAAUGGCAAGGGUAUACUAGAAAAUGGUCCUAACUGCAUUAAACAGAAACGUAAUAUUUCAUUUUACUUAAAAUCGAGUAAUUUUCGCUCCUAAAUUUAAGGAUUUACAUUCUAACACAGCACUGCCUUCUUUCUAAAGGGGUGCGGCGCGUACUGGAGUGAAUGCCGUUUCCCCAGACACCCGUAGUAGCUGAAGUUAUUUGCAGGAGAUUGCAUUAGACCAGAUCAGAGUUGGGUCGUCACGCAGCCAAAAUGAGAGUUUUUCCCAGUAACUACUCAGUACCCUGUGUCAUUUUACGCUCUGUUUUUUUUUUGUAGGAAGUCUGUGGCGUAGCGCCCCGAUCAAACCUUAAGCAGUGUAUCAGACUCUUGGCUUCUCGACUGGACUUAACGUCAGAAUUCAUGGCUUUGGGCCUUGUUAUGAAAGAUGAGGUACUGUUCAAGACAUUUUCACUUCUUGUUAUAAAUAGGCCAGUUUGGAAUUAUCAAAAUUCAUAUACUUGGAGAAUAAUGGAAAGAAAUGAAUUCAGUUUAUCCGUAAAUCUCACUUCAAUGUCCUUUGUUAUUCCCCUCAGUCUCGAGAAGAGAUGAAGGGAGACCACGGUUAUGUUAUCUGUAAAACGAACAAGUUGGUCAUUUCACGUGUUUAUUUACAGAGGACGACAGACAAAAUGUACCAAAAGUGUAACGCACUUGCAGAGUUGUUGUUUUGCCAUCUAAACCUAGCUAUAGGUUUUGUUUUUGUCUGUUUGUUUGUUUGACGGUCCCCUUGCCCUGACUGUCGUAGUUUUUUAUGGGUCGGGUGAAACGCCGUGUUUCAUAUGAUCCGAAUUUACUGGAUUACAGUUUGGGUCGACCUAAAUUAUUAAGUUCGCCCGUUGGGUAAAACGGCCGUACAUUUAAAAAUCCAGAACUGGUCUUUUCGCUGAGCAGCUUUGUAAGACAAAUUAAAUUGAGUUCUGCUCAUUUAAAGUAAGGCGUUUGGCCUAAGGUCCCCAUUUACUUGUUUUUUCAAAGUUCAUCUUUUGUUUUACAGUAUCCCUUUUUUGAGGCACACGGAAGCUUACCCGAGAUGUUGAAAAAAGCCCUGACAGCGAUAGAGCAGGUGAAAAAAUUAACUUUCCUUUCCAGUUUUUUCAAUCCUCUUUUUUUUAUUUUUUACAAAUAUUGUUUCAACACAACUAGGUCAAUGUUCUUGGUAGCUACUUUAGAACCCUCGUAUCUCAAUGAGAAGGUUACAAGUUACAAGCCCAGGGUGCGGGUCCAGGAUAAAACCUGAUCGUUAAUCGAUAAGCUGCACGCGCGUGCUUCGUACCGCGGCGUACCGCCGAAAUAUGGGCCCGUUACACUUCAAGUGUGAAUCAUCCGGUGGAUAAUUACCUAACUAUUGAAGAACCUGUUAAUCGUUGUCUGUAAAACGGUAAAACCUGGCCUGUAUCGGUGAGUGGGGCAUGCGUUACUGAAAUUCUUCACUAGUAAAUCGCCGAAAGGGACAUGAAAACAAGGAAAUAAGCGAAUACUACCUGUGAAUUUCACAAGAAUUAGCUGUUAUUUUUUAGUGAAGAAAAGUUAAGUAAACGUUUAUUCUUUUUUCAGGUAGUUCAAGAUUCCAAAGCAUUGAUCGAAAACUGUGAUUCUGUACACGAAAGGGUAAGGCAUGCUGUUUAUUUUGCGCGGAUACCAGUUCAGCCUUGAAAAGGGAGCUUUGGAGAUAUGGGUAGGGAUGGUCGAGUUGGAAUACGUGGGCGAGGAAAUAACUUGACUAACUUUGUGAUGGGAAACAAAAGGGAACGUGAACGGUAAAAUGUGUAUUACGCGAACCCUCACGAGUGUCGGCUUAAUAAAGGUCCGUUUCACCAAAACUGUGGCAAGAAAAAUGGGGUUUAGUACAUCGUAAAACGCACUGUGUGACUGUCCACUUAAUACAGGGUCCGCUCUCCUACAGAUUUUCUCAUACAACUGAAUUUAAACAUUUUAAUCACAGCAAAAUAUAAAUGGUUGAGAGAAACUAGAUAAAAAAAAGGCAGUAACUGCAUGAUUUAGAGAAUGGAAAGUCCCUUGGACUUUUUUGCAAUUAUAUUUUCUUUAUUCUUUACCGUAGCUUGUUCAGUGCGAGAGAGCUGGCCUUGAAUGGCAUGUAAGUUGAAUUGGUUUUUAUAUCUCUUUAUCUUUAUUUAAGCAAAACUCAAUCUAAGUACGGACUCUGAGUUUCUUUACAUGAAUCCACAACAAGAUUGGGAACUCUUUUGAGUCCAAACUCGAAACAGCUCACCUCGAGAGUAUUAUCACAUGACCUACUUUUGAGAAUACAAUACGCUUAGGUAAAGAGGUCUAUUCCUUGUAUGUCCUAAGAAACGCAUCCUUACAGAUGGAUUUUUCCGAGUUCUCAUUGGAUAAAACUUCUUACGCGAUACGACUCAGGGAAAAGAAUAGUUUGACUCAAAUCAAUCCAUGGUGAGGUGGUCAUUCGGAUGAAACGGUCCGAUUUAUAGAGCGCUUUUUAAUUGCCUAAUACUAGUAUAGUCUGUUUAGGUUUUACUUUGUAAGAUAGUUUUUGAUUGGUUGUGAGAAAUCAUGCUACUUUGUCAGCAACCAAUCAGAAGUUACUUUCGCUGACGCGUUUUUCCCGCGCUUAGCUCUGGCUGCGCGGCCAAUCUGCUUUGAUAUGUGAUUGGUUCAUUAUCCGUUUGCUAUAAUUAGCAGAGUGUCAGAAAAAAAAAAACCUUAAAAUCUUCUUUUACAGGAAGAAUUGCACAACGCCUGUGUUAAAGAGGGGAUAAAAGGAAAGCGACUUACAAAGGUAACCUUUUUGUUGCAGCUUACUCAGUUUUUAUCCAUAAAGGAUUUUAAACGGUUUCCUAUGUUUUUGAUGUGCGGUUCAGAAAUAUUCGUGAAGCCACAAGGGCGAGAUUUUGAUUUUCCCUCGGCUCAUUUUCGUUCUUUUUCGCAGGCGGUAUUUCUUUGGAACAUCCGGGUGUUCAGGCACUCUUGAACGCGGCGGAAUGCCAGGAAUAUCUUCGACAGGUAACUUAAGUAUAUAAAUACUAUUUGAAAUAACCGGCCUUUUUCGCAGAAGUUGCUUUUUAUGCCUCGAAAACCUGGUUUACUGCAAAGUCUUUGAUCAGGGGCACCCAACGAGAAUAUAGUUCAAAACCACUUAAACAUAGCAUUGUUAAACGUGUUUUAGUAUUUAAACGGUGGAUAUGGGCAUAUUUUUAUCCCCUAUAAAUUUUUCAUCUGUUCGGAUUUCCUAGCUGAAAGUCUAGUGAUCCGAAAAUUAUAGGGAUCAAAACUUACCCGUUCGAAAAUUUCAGCCAGCGAAAAUUCUAGGUGACCUUUUUAGGGUAAAAAUCCGAUAAAAAUUGGCAAUUUUACCAUUUUUUAGAUGUUCGAAAAUCCUAGGAGAGGCGAGCAAGCAAGAAAUUUUACAACAAAUGUUCCGAAAAUUCUAGAUCUCAAAUCGUCUUCCGAACAGAUAUUUUCCCGAAAAUUGUCGUUGGGUGCCCCUGUUUGAUGUGAAAAUGAUUUUCUUUGUUUGAGCGAUUGAAGGGAGUUGGUGGCCGUGACAAUUUCCCGCCAAAAACUGGGUGUCGCGCUAGGAUCCAGUCUUCCAUCGUCUGAUUUUUCGGUAGUCAUGCAAAAGAAACUCAUUUUCCGAAGAAAGCUUUUUUCCUUGGCUUAUUUUGAAAGUGAGAGUUUUGGAACUCGGAAAUGACCUACUGGCAUUGAAGAGAUGAAGGUUUCCCAGACUUCUCUUAGUUUUACAUUUUCCCAUUCUGCCAUGAAAGCCUGUGAUCAUUCCUUGAUAGGGACGAAAUAUACUUGUUUCACGUUAGCCAUGUAAUAGGAUAUUGAUUCGUAAGAUUUGACACUCGUGAACGGAACGUUAGCCUUUUAAGGUUACGUCGGAUCAUUUUUCAAUUUUGUGCUCAGUGCCCUGGCCAUUGAAUAGAACUAAGGCUGGAGGCGACCUUCUUCCUUCUUUUCAUGUGCAAAUCGUGUUAUUCUCAUGCUAACAAGCCCGCGAACAGGAUCAUGUACAUGUCAUCUCCAGCCUCGCUACUAUUCAAAGGCCAGGACACUGAGCACACAACUGUAGAAUUGUCUUUUGUAGCCUCAAAUCAUAAUUAUGAUUACUUUUAUUGUCAGAUACAAGAGGCAACGAUCUCCACCGGUCUCGUGAAAUCUGUUGGGUGUAACCUCUGACUCGCCCUUACCUACUGUCUAGAUAUUUACCCAUGUACGCUGUAAAUACUUCAAUAACAGUUAAUGAACAUACUGAAGACGCCACCGCAGUGUUCUUGGUCGAUUGUGGUUCGAUAGCAAUUUAGAUGUCUAUUUAUAGUGUAGGUGUGUAAUCUUUACUCUUGUCUUGCGCCGGUGUGCGUUAAAUUUGUGUAAAAUUUCUAUCCGCCUUUCGCACUGGCAAUGAGCGUUUUUCGGUGUGCUUGUGUACAUUUAAGAUUACCCAGCGUAAAAAGAAAAAUCUAAUGAAGCCUCUAAUGAUUUCAGAGCGUACUUAAAGAAAGGGAUAAUAGAUAUAAGAAAUAGAACGUCAUAUAACAGAGGAUUGUAAAUAGCCCUUUAAAGCGGAGUCAUUAUUACGUUAAAAGGUGAAAACGGUUCUUUCAAAUAUCCAUAGGAUCUUGACUUUUAUCAGCCCCGAGUUGGGAAACGCCACCUAAUAUGGUUUUCCUGUAUAGAAAUUGUUGAUUUCAAAAUGGAGUCUCACCUUGCUGCGGCACUGAACAAAAAAUGGUGGUGGUACAACUGCAUGCAUUUGCCACAUUCAGCCAUAUUUGGUAACUGUUCACAAAAUUGAGCGAAAUAUAUAAAUAACGUCUUAAACCAUAAAAGGAACAUUUAAAUAACUCAGCAAAUGCAAAAGGAGACACGGAUGGGUCAAAAUUGAAGAAGAUUAAAACGGAUUGCAGGUGGGGUUUUUGACAGAAAACU